UGUUCUGGGGAUGGUUCUGCGCGAACAGUUUCUGGACUAAACUUUAGCUCUUUGGCUUAGUGUUCUCUGGGGAAGUGUCAGUUAAUUGCCGCCCAGACCCCACCCCCCACCCUGAGAGAGGGGUGCUUGGGUGAGCAGGGAAGGGGACAGGCCGGUUCAGGUCCCCAGUGACACCUCUGGGAUGUGGGCUCAGGACCCUGCGAGCUGAGAUUCCACCGGCCCAAGACCUGGCACUCUCGGGCAACUGGCGGUGGAGGGGAAGGUAGGGGCCCGGUCUCUGGUGUCCUCCAAGGCCGCCAGCUGUGGGUGCCCUCAGGUCAGAUCGCAGUUCUUCGUUCCUUGGCUUGUGCCCUCUGAGGCCUUCACUCUUCCCAGCCUGAGAGAUGGCCCCAGGCCCUGCCUUCAGGGAGAUCGCAGUCUGGGAGAGAGACAGCCAGGCCAGAAGAGGCUGGAGAGGGGAAGGGCUGGCUGCCUUGGGAGCCCUGCCUCAGUUUCCCCAGCCGUGGAAUUUACUUGGACCCCUUCAUUCUGCCUGCCUCCUGGCUUCUAGAUGUGAGUCGGGAACCAGAGAGUGUAAAUGAAGGGCUGUUUAGGGUGACUCUAUGCUCUGCUUGUGCGGGAGAGCAGCCAAUGUUGCUCACAGUUUACAAGGCCUGUUACAGCUGCAGUGCUAUUUUGUCCUCAGCUCAGCUCUGUGAGGUGCAGCCAAAUGGGAACCCAGGCCUCCUGGUUCUGUGUCCCAUGGAAGGGGUGCAGGGAUUGAGGACAUCUCCUCAGGGAGCCAGCGGCCACCAUGGCGUCACGCAUCGGCCUCCGCAUGCAGCUCAUGCGCGAGCAGGCGCAGCAGGAGGAGCAGCGGGAGCGCAUGCAGCAGCAGGCCGUCGUGCAUUACAUGCAGCAGCAGCAGCAGCAGCAGCUGGGGGCGCCGCCCACCCCCGCCAUCAACACCCCCGUCCACUUCCAGUCUCCGCCACCCGUGCCCGGGGAGGUGCUGAAGGUGCAGUCCUACCUGGAGAACCCCACCUCCUACCACCUGCAGCAGUCCCGGGACCAGAAGGUGCGGGAGUACCUGUCUGAGACCUACGGAAACAAGUUUGCUGCCCACAUCAGCCCUGCUCAGGGCUCCCCAAAGCCCCUGCCAGCCGCCUCCCCGGGCGUGCGGGCCGGACACGUGCUGUCGUCCUCAGCCGGCAACAGUGCUCCCAACAGCCCCAUGGCCAUGCUGCACAUCGGCUCCAACCCUGAGCGGGAGUUUGAUGUCAUCGACAACAUUAUGUGUCUGGACGAUGUCCUGGGCUUCAUCAAUCCCGAAACUCAGAUUCCCAAUACGCUGCCCCUGUCCAGCAGUCACCUAAAUGUGUACAGUGGAGACCCCCAGGUCACCACCUCCCUGGUGGGCGUCACCAGCAGCUCCUGCCCAGCCGACCUGACCCAGAAGCGAGAGCUUACAGAUGCUGAGAGCCGGGCCCUGGCCAAGGAGCGACAGAAGAAAGACAAUCACAACCUCAUUGAAAGGAGACGGAGGUUCAACAUCAACGACCGCAUCAAGGAGCUGGGAAUGCUGAUCCCCAAGGCCAACGACUUGGAUGUGCGCUGGAACAAGGGCACCAUCCUCAAGGCCUCUGUUGAUUACAUCCGGAGGAUGCAGAAGGACCUGCAGAAGUCCCGGGAGCUGGAGAACCACUCUCGGCGCCUGGAGAUGACCAACAAGCAGCUCUGGCUCCGCAUCCAGGAGCUGGAGAUGCAGGCUCGAGUGCACGGCCUCCCCACCACCUCACCCUCGGGCAUGAACAUGGCUGAGCUGGCCCAGCAGGUGGUGAAGCAGGAGCUACCCAGCGAGGAGGGUCCGGGGGAGGCCCUGCUGCUGGGGGCCGAGGUCCCCGACCCUGAGCCACUGCCGGCUCUGCCCCCCCAGGCCCAGCUGCCCCCGCCAGCCCAGCCAGCCCAGCCACCGUCCCCAUUCCACCACCUGGACUUCAGCCACAGCCUGAGCUUUGGGGGCGGGGGCAACGAAGGGCCCCCGGGCUACCCCGAACCUCUGGGGCCGGAGCAUGGCUCCCCGUUCCCCAACCUGUCCAAGAAGGAUCUGGACCUCAUGCUCCUGGACGACUCACUGCUGCCGCUGGCCUCCGACCCCCUCUUCUCCACCAUGUCCCCCGCGGCCUCCAAAGCCAGCAGCCGCAGGAGCAGCUUCAGCAUGGAGGAGGGCGACGUGCUGUGACCGGGGCCACGGGGGUGGGCCUGGCGGGGAGAGCCAGGGCCACCUCCCUCCCACCCUCCAGCCUGUACUUGUGUGUGAAGUAGCCCCUGCCCUGCCUCACUCCGCCCUGUCGGCCCCCUGUUUGGGCUUAGUGCCCUUGGCAGUCCGUGGGGUCGGAAGCCCCCCACCCAGGGGCAGCCCUCUUGAUGGGGCUGGGCAGAGAUAGGCCUUCAGCCCGGCUCCCGGAGGUGAAAUCAUGAGGGUGAGGGAGGAUACAGGGUGUGCUGGAGGUAAGACGAGGUCUUACCUUCUGAGCCUGGUCCCCCCACCGAUGAAGGAGGACUCGUUGGAACCAGGGGUCCAGAGGUUCCUUCUUGGAGGCAGUGACUGGUCCAGGGGGUGCCCAGGCCUGCCUUUCAGGACUCUGAUGGCAACAAGCCCGUCCUCCAGCCUGGCACUCCCCGCACCCCCCUUUGGUGCUAACAGCUCUCCACCAAGUGGUGUGAGGGCGGGGGUGGCCAGAAGAGGAGGCGCUGGGUUCAAGUUAGAGUGGGGUCACUGCUGGAAGAGCAGCUCCCCUCCAGUCUCCCCACUUUGUGCCUUUAGUAAACACUGUGCUUUGUA